AUGUCAUCAGGGUCAGCUCAAUCCGACAGCUCUUCCGAUGAAUCCGCCAGCAGUGAAUCGGAGCUCGACGAUACCCAUGACCAACCGGCGAAUGCGAGUCCGACAGCGCAAAGUACUACGCGCCACAAAAGGAAAGCGAGCGUGUCUCAUGUCGAUGAUAGCUCUGAACCCACGAAAGUAAAGAAGGUCAAGCAAGAAGAGACCGAAGAUACCGUGGCACAUCUGAAUAUUGAUGACAUACCCGUGGUGAUCCACGACGACCUGUGGUACCCCGACGGGAAUGUCAUCCUUCUUGUGGAAGGCUCUGCCUUCAAGCUGUACAAAGCGCGGCUCGCGCGUUACUCGUCAGUCCUCGACGUCCUGUUCAAGGAAGACGGUAAACAGGUCGCAGAAUACGAAAAUUCCCCUUGCUAUCGACUAUCCGAUAUCGCAUAUAACGACUUUAUCGUGUUCCUCGAAGUCCUCGAGACCCCUUUCAAGUACACGAACGUGUUUCCCCAGCAGGACGCGGCCGUCUCCAUUCUCAAGGUCUCGCGUCUGCUCGAUUGCUCGAUGGCACGCGACCUCGCCCUCAGCAUGCUUCGUAAACUUUGGCCGGACGACAGGCCGCUGCUUGCAGUUCCCUCAAAGUGUAAGUACUCCGACGCCCUCGUAGUCCUGAAGGCCUCGCGCGACUACGCCGUACCCUCGCUGCGCAAGCGCGCGUUCUACGAGCUCCUCCGCAGCGCCGCGUUCUGGAAGGCGGUCGCGGACGACCGCCGCGCGCUCGGCCUCGCCGACGCAGACGUGUUCGCGCUUUUCGGCGCGCGGGAAGCGUUACAACAACAGUGUUCAACGCUGAUCUUCAAGCGGCCCUCCCGGGGGAGCGACUGGUGUCCAAUGCGGUUCGCAGAGGGCAAUAGGUGCAAUCCCCCGUACAAGAAGCCGCAUCUGAGAAAGGCGUUCUGGCGCUCGGACGUGAUUCAAAGCGGGGACUACGAGUCGGGAAUGCGGGAUCCUAUCGGGUGGCUGGGAGUGAUGAUGAACAAGCACGACACACUCACUGGGCAGGGCUGGUGCGAGAUGUGUUUUCAGGAGCGCAGGACGGCGUGGAUGGGUGCUCGGACGAGCUGGUGGGCGAUGUUAGACAAAUGGUUCGACUUGGCUUGA